GUCCAUGGCUGCUCGAGUUGGAGCUCGACAAACAGCUGCUUCUGUUUCGCGAGCUGCUGCCUCACUUCGUCUUCUUCAAGCUUGAGCAUCGCCAUGGCCAAGCCGUCUCCGAGCUGCUGCCUCACCUUCAUCUUCUUCGUUGUCCGCUUCAAGCUCGCGCUGCUGCUUCAUCUUCCCCAUACGAACGACCUCCGUUACUGCUUCGUCUGCGCGCGAACAACUGAACGCGCCCCAGCUGCUUCUGUUUCGUGUCGACUGCCGCUACUGUUUUGACGUACUUCUUAAAGUCGAGUUCGUCGUUGAGUUAGUCGUUGAGUACGGACAGAUUUAUUCCCAAUUGAGGUUUGUCGAAACAGUCCAUACAAUCGAAUUCGUCGUUGUUCAUCUCCGGU